GACAUUCUAUCAGCCAUAAGGAAAGUGCAUCUUAAGAAUUUUAUUUGUUUUCAACCUUCUGCGUAAUAAAUUCCCUUAAAUUGCGACAAAACGCAAUUAUUCGGUGAAGUUUCGAUGAGAAACUAAUCAAUUGAAGUUUAGCAAUUACCAACGGAUCGAAUAUAAAUGCCAAAUCAGCAAAACUAAAUUCUUUUAUUAGACACAUUUUGAAUGUAAAGUAGAAGACGUAUAUGAUGACUUGUUAGGUAAGCUGACAAAACAAGUGAAUCUGAAGACGAUCUCGAUGCAUUCAUAAUGGAAAUGAAAAAAGUAUGUGAGCAGGAGGGACGGAAUGCAAGAAAUUUAUUGGCAUACCAAAUUUCGAGCAGUAUCGAUUUACACCAAAAAUGUGACUAUCGUAAGCCUCCUGUACCAGCUAAAACUCCAACGAAGAAAAUUUUCCGCUCUCGAAAUGUAACAUCCACAUCAGCGUCAACAUCGACUGCUCCGAGGGUUCGAAGUGCAUCCACCGGACCUCGUGACAAACGCUCCGAACUGCAGGCCCGCUAUUGGGCGCUACUAUUCGGAAAUUUACAGCGUGCUAUCAAUGAAAUCUAUCAGACCGUGGAGUGCUAUGAGAAUUUGUCGUCAUGUCAGGAGACGAUUCUCGUCUUGGAAAAUUAUAUUCGUGACUUUAAGGGCUUAGCUGAAUGGUUUCGCAUGUCAUCCGAUUAUGAGGCGACCACAAAUCGUCCACAGUCUCUGGCAUGGGAUGUACGGAAGAGUAAUCCAGCACCACCUAUGCGCGCCAAAAGUUUAUCCAGUUCAAGUCCACCGGUUAUGUCAGGAAAAUCCAGCCCUUGUCCGAGUUUUUCCGGUAAAAGUAGUCCUUGUUCAACUGCCGAAGAAACUGCGAAAUCACAACACAAGAAGCUGAUGGGAUUAAUUUGUGGUCCAACGAUUGACUCUAACCCAAAACUUAUGGCAAAUCCAACAAGUCCACGGUCGGAUAAACGAACGCUGGAUUGUGUGCAAGAAGUGCGAGUUAAUCAUGACGAAGCUAAAUUGUGUGCAAACGAAAAUGAGAUUAUUCCCACUAUCGUGAUUGAUCUAAAUAACAGUAAGCCCCAAAAUGCCACGGUGAGCGAUGGUCCCUUGGAUUGGAACGAUCUUAUUGACAGUGCUUCGCCAGGAGUGAAUGUUUCUGAUGGACAGUCUGAGAGCAAAUGUGAUCAGUAUUCGCAAACAGAUUUGGAGGACGACAAUUUGACUUUGGAGCAGUGGCGUGAUAAAUAUGAACGGAAUGUUGAUAAAUUGCAAACUUCAUCCGAUCAGUUAGUUAACAAUACCGCUGAAAAAGCAUCCACUCCUCUUGACAUCACCGUCGAUCGAUUAAAUCGAAUGGAGAAUGCUUUCCUAUCCAAGCAGCUAGCUGAAAAGAAGACUUUAGAAAAUGGUGAAAAUAAGCCCAUCGACAUUAAUAAGGUGUCUGAGGUGAGGAAAACCGCUGCAACGGCUCCAGCACCACUGAAAUACUCUAGUGUGGUAAAUCGUAAUGUUGGCAUCACGAAAACAGCUUCAUCAACGUCCGUAAAGGCGGUUCAGCCAGUUAGAAGUGCUACGCGAGUACGUCAACCAUUAACUAAAAGUGCAACUAAUCCUGUUGUGUCGACGCAAAUUGAAGUAAAGAAGACACUACGAUCAGCCACAGUUCAAAAUAUUCCGAAAUCUGGCACGAUGGCUAAAUCCAGUACUAUUGCUAUUUCCACAAAACCGCAGACUGUUCCGAAGCGUCGUGAAAAUGUAGUUCCAUCUCAUGUAGCAAAUCGUUUAUCAGCUCGUUCGAAAACAAUGAUCGAAAUCUCCAAUCGUAACGUCAAUAAAAUCAACUGUGUCCCACAAAAGUUGAAGCCGUCAGCAAAAGAUUGUGAUAGUUCAUCAUCGACUUUAAAAGCAAGCAAUGAACGUGUUGGAAGUUCAUCGUCCAGUGCUCGUGGCUCUGUUAGAAAUUUGACCCAAAUAAAUCGUGCUGAAACCAACGACCGGCGAUCUGAACCAAAGUCAAUGCAGAAAAACGAUGACAACGAUGGUUGGUUGACGGUGAAAGCGAGAAGGAGAUCCAGCUUACAUUGGGCGAAUCGAUUUAAUCAACCAACCGGUUAUGCUAGUCUACCGUCUUUAGCCUUAGAUAGCGCGACAUCAUCCCAAUUAAAUUUGCUGAGUGAAGAGAAAGCGGAUAAAAUGAAAAAGGAUGGCAAGAAAAUUACCAACAAAACGGAAAAGCCAGAACCAAAGCCAGUUAUUGAUAGUAAAUCCAAGCAAGAUAAUGGACAGUGUAAUGGUGUGUCGAAAAGCGAUAAACCAAAACUAGUCGGCAAAUCCGCAGCCACUAAAAAUACUUCAACUUCUAAGUCAAUUUCAAAAUCGACCGCCAAACCAACCGCGAAGGCAACAAAAACCACCGAAAAGAUCACCAAUCCAGCAAAGGCUGUAAUCUUGCGCGAGAACAUUAUCCAGCGUCAAAAGUCAGAUUUGACUGGCUUAAAGAUCACGUCGCUUCAUCGGGAAUAUUUGAGAAAGGAAAAAAUAAACAAUCGAGAACAGCAAAAGCAUGCAUCGUCUUCAUCCUCAAUAUCGUCCGGAUCACCCAAGCUGACGACUGAGCAAAGUGGUGACAUGACUUUUUCUGAACUGUGUAACACCUCCGUAGACAUGAAAAUCCAAACCAAUAUGGGCCUGUCGAAAACCAUUUCGGAUUUGUAUUUUGACAGCCGGGGACAAGAUGACUUUAGCAGCGAUGAAACUGAAGAUAAAGACGAUGUUGACAACGAUGAAGACCAAAGAAAAUUGUUUGAAGAGCAGGAAAGUUUGGAGCGUCAAAUACGAGAAUUGGAAAAUACGGAAAUUGAUAUCGAUACAGAAACGGAUGAAAACGAUUGUGAUGUUAUCCUUGGAUUGGAAGAGAAUGAAAGUGGCGACUAUUUGUUCGAUGAAAAUAUGAGUCUGGAGAUGCGGUACCAGUCGUUGUUGAGUGACAUGACUGUCGGUGAAAGAAACGAGACGUUGGCAACUUUGCAAUUGAUUGUGAGCCGACAUCCUGGUCGUGCACAAGAAUUACAUCAGAAAUUAUCUAGCCCAUCGAGAAGACGGUCAUUGCAUGAAACUUUGAAGAAAUAUCAGAUUAAACAGGCCCGAGCGCAUGAUAAGAGAGAGGCCUUAAACAAAGAGAAAUCGUUGAAAAUACAAUUGUUGCUUGCACGCGUCGAAGACGUUAAGGAAGCCAAACAAAAACUUAUUGACGAUAAACGCAUGCGAAUGGAAAAACGACUUCAGAAGGCAGAAGAUAAUCGCAAUCAAUAUUUAAAGACCAAAGUUCGAAAAGCCCACGACGAAGAGGCAAAAUUGAAGGAAAUUGCAUUCAUCAAAAAUUUGGAGAGAGAAAACAAAAAGUUGGAUUUCAUGGAGUCGUUGAAAGAACAAGAAGGUCGAUUGCAGGACUUGGAACAAGAGCGCCAAAAAAGAGUGGAAGAGAAAGCAGCUAAAGAAGCAGCGGUUGAACGAAGGCGGCUAGAAUUGGAACUAGAACGUAAAAAGAAAUUGGAAAAGAUGGACGAGACAAGACGGGAACGCGAACAGCGAAUCGGUCAAAUGCAAGAACAAAAGGAGAAAAUGCGACAGCAAAUAGCACGAGACAAGGCCAGAGAUAGAGAGGAACGCCUCCAAGCCUUACAAGCCCAACAGCAGCAGAAGACUGAAGAGCUUCAACGGAAAAUAAUCCAAAACCAACAAGAAUCGGCCAGAAGACAUGAAGAAAAUAUUGAACAAAUACGCCAACGUGCGGUCGAAUUAAGCAUUCCAAGCAGAAAUACUGACGAAAAUGGACCGGAUCGAAGUGACGGCGGUGAUUUGUCGUCGGUGGUUUCUGAUGUUUCUCGAGAGCAAUUGUCGAAGGGAUCGAAGAAGAAGUUUAAAAAAUUGAAGCAGAGAAUGCAAUCGAAAACGGAGGAAUACAUGACAGAAAUGCAGCCAGUACCAGCUUAUAUGAAACGUGAAAGUGAGGUUCCGAAGCUCCUAGGCAUAAUCAAGAAAGGCGGUGGUACUCAAGGAAUCGAACGACCGUUAGGUCAACUGUUACGUUUAUUGGCAAAGGCUCAAGUAUUUGAUUUCCAAUGCUUUUGGCUGUUAGAUGGUCUAGGCACUCUCGCCCAGGUGAUAAUUGACGGAAUGACACCGAACUCGGAUGUGUCCCGAAAAGCAAUCAUAUUGGCUGUGCAAGCGUACCGGAAUUCCUGUUCUCCGUGUCCACAAAUUUCUCGUCAUGCUGUGUUAGGAAAUUCAAUUACAAUUAUCUGUGAUGUUCUCUUGCAAAGUCUUCAGAUAGCAGAUGAAAAAACACCUUCACAUCCCGUUGAGCUGUCGACUGAACUUAUGUUGUGCUGCACGGUUGCCUUGUCCCCUUCCAAGUCGGUGAAACAGACACACCCAAAACUCGUGGAACGCCUUCCUGAUCUUAUAAGUUAUAUCGUUUCCAUUGGUUUGGUUGACGUCUUAGCGAGGCGUUGUAUGAAAGUUCGGGAGGCAGUUGAAAAUCAUAAAUGUGUGAUUUUAUCGUUACUCGGUACUUUAGGAUUGCUUACGAAAAUUGCUGAAUUGUGUCCGAAAGCUCCCGACACAACCAAAUUCCUUGCAUCAAUAAAAUCUACUGAUUUAUUCGGCACGAUCUCUUUAUUAUAUUCAACAAUAGUACCAGUGGGUGAAUGUAUUCCACCGCGAACGAUUUCAUUGGCGGCUGCUACAUUCAAUUUACUGGUAACAGUGGCCAAUUUGGAUUUGUAUACAUUUCAGGCUGUUCUUGACGAUGAAACGUUAUCGUUCCAAUUCUUCGAUGUUAUCGUCAUACUGUUGACGUACUGCGGCCCUGAACUGUUAUCGAAUGGUGGACCAAAAUCGACCGAAAAAAAUGAAACUCAGGCUGUGGUCAUUGACUUAGUUGCUACAUUAGGAUUUUACUGUGCCAAUAAUAAGAAAAAUCAGAAUCGAUUGACGUCGGAACAGUCAUCGCUUAUAAUAAAGAAUCUCGCCAAGCUACCCAGUCAAUUUGAAAUAGUUGUGUAUCCAACAUUGGUGACUAUUAUCACGGACAAUCCAGAAGCUCAGGAAGUUAUCGGUCGUGAGUUUGAUUUAAAGUUUCUGGAUGAAUACCGAAAGUCUGAUUUGGGCAAAAAGAACACGUUGAUUUCCAUUCUCAAGUCAACGGAUGCAAACGACAACAACUGCAAAAAGAAAACUAAAAACCAAACAACGUAACUUAGUAUUCCAAUUCACUGAAUCGAUUCCGAAAAAGGGCCAUUAGCGCCCUUCAUUUUCAAAAGACAGACCUAUUAAUUGAUUUACUGGCUCUCGAAUCCAUUGAAAUUAUUGUUUUUCUUCUCUCGUCUUUUUUUUAAAUUUACUUUAUCAACCCUUUAGUGUUAGAAAUUUAUUCUAAAAUAAAAAUGAACUCGUUU